CUCACUUUGCGCUCGACAUAGCUCUAUGACUGGUUCGACUGAAGACACGGACAAAAUACGACUAUCUAACGACUUGUCAUCAAGUCUACGCUAGUUCCAUUGAACCGAGUGCAUUUGAGUGGCGGACUGGCGGGGAGAACUUGAAGUCCGGUCGUUGCAUGCUACUGACUGUAUUUUACCCGUUGCUACUGUAGCAGAGACAGUAUUCGAAAACACUAGGCCUAGUACUCAGUAGUAGCCUACAUGUUCUAGUAUCGAGUAUGGAACCAAAGGCUGCAGAAUCAAAUUAUGAUGAAUCUGAGCUCACACUCACAGGGAUGUCAAGAGAGGAACUUUUAGCAACCAUUCAGCAGUUGAGGUCUGAAGUAGCCACAUUACAAAGCAUUCAGCACAAUGAUACUGCAAAUAAACAGGACCGACAACAAAAUGCUCAGACAGCUGUAAGAAGGAGCAAAAAGCAGAGAACACAAAGGCCCUUUGAUUUUUCAAAGUACAACACAAGACAUGUUGCUUUGCGGAUCGCCUACCUCGGCUGGGACUAUCAAGGCUUUGCCAGCCAAGAAAACACUGAAAAAACAAUUGAGGCAGAGCUAUUUGAGGCACUGAUGAAGACACGUCUCAUCCAGUCCAGGGAAACUGCAAACUACUCCCGCUGUGGUCGCACUGACAAAGGUGUGAGUGCGUUUGGCCAGGUCAUCUCUAUUGACCUGAGGUCAAAUCUGCUGGAAGGGUUGGGGGUCAUUCAGACCCCAGGCAGAAAGGCACACGAAAGACCAGGGGAUAAGACACAGGAGAUUGAAUAUACACACAUCUUGAACAGGAUGCUGCCUGAGACUAUUCGUGUCCUUGCAUGGACACCAGUCAAUCCAAGCUUUAAUGCACGGUUUAGCACACUUCACAGGACCUAUAAAUACUUCUUUCCAAGGGGGAACCUAGACAUCAAAAGUAUGCAAGAAGCUGCCCAAAAGCUUGUUGGUGAUCAUGAUUUCCGAAACUUUUGUAAGAUGGAUGUUGGAAAUGGAGUGGUCAACUUUUGGCGUACAAUAAUAUCCAUUGAUAUAACUCCGUUGGAUAAUGGUGAAGUGGGGUAUCAAAUGCAUGAACUGACUGUGAUAGGACAAGCUUUCCUGUACCAUCAGGUGCGAUGUAUGGCUGCCAUCUUGUUUCUGAUUGGACAGCACAAGGAACAGCCAGAGAUAAUUGACAGGUUUUUGGACAUCAAAGCACAGCCAUGCAAACCACAGUAUUCGAUGGCAUCAGAGUAUCCACUAGUCCUGUAUGACUGUGCAUACAAAGACAUACAGUGGAUUUAUGAAAAAGGGGACCAGGACCACAAUAUCUCACGGCUGCAGUGCAUGUGGACUCAACAAGCUGUCAGAGCAGUGACUCUCAAGCGAAUGCUGGAUGGACUCAACAUAGUGCCUGUCCCAGCCAAGCAAACAGACCAAAAUCAAGAGGCAUCAAAUGCAGAGAUUACAGCCACACGUCCCUGGCAUGCAGUUCAUCCCAGCAUUAUAAACCAGGCAGCAUUUCUACUACUUGGCACUGCCUCCAAGUCUCAUAAGCCUCUCCUAGACCGACCAGUCUGUGAGUCUCUUGAGGAUCGUAUCAAGCACUUUGCCAAAAAACAACGUGUGGACUCCAGUGAUUAGAAUGCACCUGGACUCUCCUUAGAACAAAUCUUGAACCCUAACGAUCCUCAACAAGCCAAACUCCAGCAUCAGGGUUUGUUGGGAUGUGGUAGGAUGAGUACUGCACCAGUAAACUGACUGUGCUUUACAUCGGAUUAGGGAUACCACAAAUAAACAGAGUCCAACUGUUUAGGCCAACUAAAAAAAAACAUGUUUGGCAGCCUGCCUUUUUGAGAAAAAAAAAGGAAGGAGGAGGCCCUUUUUAUUCCCUUCCAAAAUGGCCGCCCAACCGGGCUAUUUUUCAAGAUGGCCGCCUGCUUUUUUUUUUUCAAUGGCUGCCACUUGGACUCAGGAAAUGAUAUACCAGCUUUAUAGGGACUAGUUGCAACUAUUUUUGGACUAUGUUAAUGGACCUUGCUUGGUCAGUGGGAUAGGGCAGGGAAUAUCAGUGUGUGGCUCAAAGGGGUUGGGAUAUUAUUGGACAAGACGUGUAUACCAAAUGCCCCUCCUAACAAGUGACAGAACAUUCUCAUUCCUGUAACAUUGUGUAAUCUAGAUACUACUUCUGCAUUCUCUGGCAUUUUUAAUUGCUCUUCAGUGAUAUGUUGUAUUGGCCUUAUUUGGAAUGCCCAGUGGGAGGUUAGCCCCACCCUACCCCACUCCAUGCCCAUGGAGAAAUAAAAGGAACACAUAAGGCCAAGUACAAAUAUAACGUUUCUCUUCACUGCCCGCUCUAGUUUUGGACACCCGUGUCAAUUUUUUUCUAUUACAUCUAUUUAAAAAGAAAGGUUUUUAAAAACAGUUUUAAAAAGUAUAUCUAUUCCGGAUCUCUCAUA